AGCAACAAAAUGGCAUUUGUGAAGAGCGGGUGGCUGCUCCGGCAAAGUACUAUUCUACGCCGUUGGAAGAAGAACUGGUUUGAUCUGUGGUCUGAUGGCCGCUUAAUAUUCUACGAUGAUCAAAACCGCCAUGACAUAGAAGAUAAAAUCCACAUGCGAAUCCACUGCAUCAACCUCAGAGUGGGGAAUGAAUGUCGAGAUUUCCAGCCUCCAGAGGGGAAGCAGAGAGACUGUUUACUGCAGAUUGUUUGCCGUGAUGGGAAGACAGUCAACCUCUGUGCAGAGAGUGCAGAUGACUGCCUGGCGUGGAAAAUUGCUCUGCAGGAUGCCAGAACAAACACAGGCUACGUGGGAUCUGAUGUGAUGUACGAUGAGACAGCCAUCUCCUCAUCUCCUCCUCCCUACACUGCUUACGCCACACCGUCACCUGAGGUUUAUGGCUAUGGCUACAAUCAGUACAAUGGUGCAUAUCCUCCUCCUGGUCCUCAGGUCUUCUAUGCCUCCAAUGGACAAGCUUAUGCUGUUCCCUAUCAGUAUCCAUACCAAGGUCCUUACGGCCAGCCCCCUGCAAACCAUGUCAUCAUCCGAGAGCGUUACCGUGACAGUGAUGGAGAUCUUGCACUGGGCAUGCUUGCUGGAGCAGCUACUGGAAUGGCUCUGGGAUCACUAUUCUGGGUCUUCUAGAUUACCUGUUCUUUACCUUUGUAGUUCCAAGAACCUUUAUUGUGUGCAAUAAUAUAUUGGCAAUGUUGUUUACUGUUAAACUUU